AUGCUGUGGCACGCACUUCGCAGAUUUGGUCAAAAGCUGGUACGGAGACGUACCCUGGAGCCUGGCAUGGCAGACACUCGCCUUGCCAGAUGCCUGAGCACUCUGGAUUUGGUGGCCCUGGGUGUGGGCAGCACGUUGGGUGCAGGCGUGUAUGUCUUGGCUGGCGAGGUGGCCAAAGAUAAAGCUGGACCAUCCAUUGUGAUCUGCUUUUUGGUGGCCGCUCUAUCUUCUGUGUUGGCUGGACUGUGCUAUGCGGAGUUUGGUGCCCGAGUUCCCCGUUCUGGUUCUGCGUAUCUGUACAGCUAUGUCACCGUGGGUGAACUCUGGGCCUUCACCACUGGCUGGAACCUCAUCCUCUCCUAUGUCAUCGGUACAGCCAGUGUGGCCCGGGCCUGGAGCUCGGCUUUCGACAACCUGAUUGGGAACCACAUCUCUCGUACCCUGCAAGGGAGCAUCUCACUGCAUGUUCCCUAUGUCCUCGCAGAAUAUCCAGACUUCUUUGCUCUGGGCCUUGUGUUGUUGCUCACCGGAUUGCUGGCUCUGGGGGCCAGUGAGUCAGCCCUGGUUACCAAAGUGUUCACAGUGGUGAACCUUUUGGUUCUUGGUUUUGUCAUCAUCUCUGGCUUCAUUAAGGGGGACUUGCACAAUUGGAAACUCACAGAAGAGGACUACAAACUGACCGUGGCUCGACUCAAUGACACUUAUAGCCUGGGCCCUCUGGGCUCUGGAGGAUUUGUGCCUUUCGGCCUCGAGGGGAUUCUCCAUGGAGCAGCUACCUGUUUCUAUGCAUUUGUUGGUUUCGACUGUAUUGCUACCACUGGCGAAGAAGCUAAGAAUCCCCAACGUUCCAUCCCCGUGGGCAUUGUGAUUUCACUGUUGGUCUGCUUUUUGGCAUAUUUUGGUGUCUCUUCGGCACUUACGCUUAUGAUGCCUUACUACCAGCUUCAACCUGAGAGCCCCUUGCCGGAGGCCUUUCUCCACACUGGAUGGGCCCCUGCCCGCUAUGUUGUGGCUAUUGGAUCCCUCUGUGCUCUUUCUACCAGCCUCUUGGGCUCUAUGUUCCCCAUGCCUCGGGUGAUCUAUGCGAUGGCAGAGGAUGGCCUCCUGUUCCGUGUCCUCGCCAGGAUCCACAGCGGCACACACACCCCCAUCGUGGCCACUGUGGUCUCUGGCAUUGUUGCAGCAUUCAUGGCAUUCCUCUUUGAGCUCGCUGAUCUUGUGGACCUUAUGUCAAUUGGGACCCUGCUUGCUUACUCCCUGGUGGCUGUUUGUGUCCUCAUCCUCAGGUAUCAGUCUGAGGUGAAGAAUGAGGAGGAUCAGGUGGAGCUGCAGGAGGAGAAGACAGCUGAAGCCGAGAAGCUGACCCUACAGGGACUAUUUUGUCCACUCAACUCCAAUCCCACUCCACUCUCUGGCCAAGUUGUCUAUGUUUGCUCCUCAUUGGUUGCUCUGCUGCUGACUCUUCUUUGCCUGGUGCUGACCAAGUGGCCUGUUCCACUGCUUUCUGGAGACCCAGUGUGGACUGCAGUGGUUGUGCUGCUCCUGAUGCUCAUUACUGGGAUCACUGGGGUCAUUUGGAGACAGCCACAGAGCUCCACUCCCCUUCACUUUAAGGUACCUGCUUUGCCUCUUCUCCCACUAAUGAGCAUCUUUGUGAAUGUUUACCUUAUGAUGCAGAUGACAGCUGGCACCUGGGCCCGAUUUGGGGUCUGGAUGCUGAUUGGGUUUGCUAUCUACUUCGGCUAUGGGAUGCACCACAGCCUGGAAGAGGUUAAGAGUGACCAACCUCCACUCAAGUCUAGAGCCAAAACUUUAGACCUUGAUCUCAGCAGUGCCUGUACACCUUCGAUUUGA